AACCAAGGAUGGAUGAUGUCAUCAAAGCGCGUCAAUUUCUCCCUGGUUGAUGAAACUCAAAAACUUCUGAGUCCUCAAACUCUCUGAAAACAGCAGUUAUUAUGCUAGUCCUACAAAGAUGCCUUUCUUUAUUAGAGUUUCCCAGAGGGAGGCUCCCCGCCAGCCUGUUAUCGCGGUGUUACCACAGGCGGAUUCACGUAUCCGGGCCGUGUGUAUUAUUUCACCGUCCGACCAUCAGAACCAGGUUCGGUCUGCUGUCGUCACAGGACCAUCAUGUCCUACCUGCUCAUCCCAGCUCCUUCAGGGGAUUCUCAGCUUCGCCGCCAGCCAGAGAGGAAGCUCUGGGAAAGAUCCAGUCGACACAUUAUCAUCUCGUUUACACAUGCAAGGUUUGCUCCACGAGGUCCAUGCAGAGGAUCUCUAAAGUGGCCUACCAGAAAGGGGUGGUGAUAGUGACCUGUCAAGGGUGCAGGAACCACCACAUCAUCGCCGACAACCUGGGCUGGUUCUCAGAUCUGGAGGGGAAGAGAAACAUCGAGGAAAUCCUCGCCGCCAAAGGGGAGACGGUGAAGAGGGUUGAAGGAAGCGACGCUUUAGAAAUCGUCUUGGAGGAAACGAGCAGAGACUGCUCGCAGAAAACUGACAAAGAGAAAGAAAAUGAGCCAGAAACAACAUGAUUUAACUCAAUUGCAUUUGCAAUUUGUGCUGCUAUGUAUAUGUAUUUAUAUUUACUAUGAACGCAACUUUUUGGCCUUUUGACCGUGUCGAAGGAGAGUUAAGAGAAAAUAUGUUUCAAACCAUAUUUUAAAAGAAGUUACCAAACCAUGGAAACAGAUGAAAAGUAAAAGUUUUUACAAAUACA